UCUCAUCUGGAGGCUUGACUGGGGAAUGAUCUCCUUCCAAGCUUAUUCUCGGCCCAAUGUAGUGCUUUUCCCACUGCGACACAUAUUGACAGGUGCCUUAGCUGGGCCAAUUAUUGUGGAGCCACAUGUCACAGCAGUAUGGGGAAAGAAUGUUUCAUUGAAGUGUUUAAUUGAAGUAAAUGAAACUAUAACACAAAUUUCAUGGGAGAAGAUCCAUGGCAAAAGUUCACAGACUGUUGCAGUUCAUCAUCCUCAGUAUGGAUUCUCUGUUCAAGGAGAAUAUCAGGGAAGAGUCUUAUUUAAAAACUAUUCACUUAAUGAUGCGACAAUUACUCUACAUAACAUAGGAUUUUCUGAUUCUGGAAAAUACAUAUGCAAAGCUGUUACAUUCCCGCUUGGAAAUGCUCAAUCCUCUACAACUGUAACUGUAUUAGUUGAACCCACUGUGAGCCUGAUAAAAGGGCCAGAUUCUUUAAUUGAUGGAGGAAAUGAAACUGUAGCAGCCAUCUGUAUCGCAGCCACUGGAAAGCCAGUUGCACAUAUUGACUGGGAAGGUGAUCUUGGUGAAAUGGAAUCCACUACAACUUCUUUUCCAAAUGAAACGGCAACAAUUGUCAGCCAGUACAAGCUGUUUCCAACCAGAUUUGCUAGAGGAAGACGGAUUACCUGUGUUGUAAAACAUCCAGCCUUGGAAAAGGACAUCCGAUAUUCUUUCAUAUUAGAUAUACAGUAUGCUCCAGAAGUUUCAGUGACAGGCUAUGAUGGGAAUUGGUUUGUAGGAAGAAAAGGUGUUAAUCUCAAGUGUAAUGCUGAUGCAAAUCCACCACCCUUCAAAUCUGUGUGGAGCAGGUUGGAUGGACAAUGGCCUGAUGGUUUAUUGGCUUCAGACAAUACUCUUCAUUUUGUCCAUCCAUUGACUUUCAAUUAUUCUGGUGUUUAUGUCUGUAAAGUGACCAAUUCCCUUGGUCAAAGAAGUGAUCAAAAGGUCAUCUACAUUUCAGAUGUCCCAUUUAAGCAGACCUCUUCCAUAGCCGUAGCUGGAGCUGUAAUUGGAGCUGUCCUUGCUCUUUUCAUCAUUGCUGUCUUUGUGACUGUCCUGCUGACUCCUCGAAAAAAGAGACCAUCCUAUCUUGACAAAGUGAUCGACCUUCCACCCACACAUAAACCACCUCCCAUGUAUGAAGAACGAUCUCCCCCCUUGCCUCAAAAAGACCUUCUCUAUCAGAGAAGAGCCACCACAGGACUCUUCAAGGAUGCCAGAGCACCCCUCAUGAAUACAUUUCAUGCAGAAGUUGGUCAAGAAAUGUUCUCAGGAUGCGCCUGCCAGACCGAACACUUGCCUUUGCAGACUCAGUUCAAAGAAAGGGAGGUUGGCGGUCUCCAGCACUCUAAUGGACUAAAUAGCAGGAGAUUGGACUAUGAAGAUGAGAGCCCCGUGGGGGAAGAUGGGAUUCAGCAGAUGUACCCCCUUUACAGUCAGAUAUGCUACCAAGACCGGAGUCCUGGCAAACAUCGUCAAAGCAACGAGCCCGAGAGAGCCUACAUCAACCCGCGAGAACAUUACGUGUGAUUUCCCUCUCUUUCCAGUGGAUGUCCUGACAAACGUUUUAUCUUAGAUUGGGGAGAGAAACUGAGGUCAAUGGUUAUCAUUUUAUUCUCUCUCGUAUAAAACAAUCCCAGUUUACCUGUAUCAGAAGUCGUGAUGAAUGGCUUGGAGCCAAUAGCCAAUUUCUUUCCUUCCUUAAGAGUUUCUUAGCCACCAGCUGUGUUUGUGAACUUGACAAUAGCUUGUGUGUUUCUGUGAUGAUAGUGUUUAACCACUAACAUUUGCCCUACGACGGCAUGUUCGUUAAACGUAGAACAUCUGCCCAUGAUGGCAGCAGUGAUUCUCCAGAAAGAAAGGCCCCAGCUGGGACUGUUAACCUGGCUGAGUUUUAGGAAGGCCAGCCUGUUCAUCUGUAACUCAAAUGAGCAGAAAAAAGAGUUCAGAAUCCAUCUCCCUAAUUAUUUCACUGGGACUUGGCUUUCCCUAACAUGCUUAAUGCAAUUACAGUACCUGUGCAAACAGGAGGCCUGAGGAAAGAGGCAAAACUUGCUUUUUAUCCAAAAACAAAAACGACAACAAAAAAGCAGUUGAAACCCUCAAGCCUGUCGGUUGCUUUGAAAGUCCUGUGAUAACUGCAAUCUGUGUUCCUUCUUGAUCGCUAAGGUCCUGAGAGAUACAUGUUUUGUGCUGUUCUCUGCCUAGUCUGGAUUAGCUGCUUGCUCACCAAGGUUCUGCUCUGUUGUUGCCACACUUCUGUUCUUUCCUAGCCAGAUUAGCCUGUUUCCCGCCUAUUCCAUUCUAAAAGCCUUGUCUAAGGGGUGGACAGACUUGAGCCCUGUCCCUCUUUUCUGCAGUAUUGUAUAUGACAAGCUUACCUUUGCCUUCUGAAAUUCCUGUCAAACUAAUCCUAUCCACAAAGGCUUCCACUGCACUCACGCUUCUUCAGACUGCUUCUCAUCCAAGUUUUAUCUACCUCAGAAAAGCCUGCUGGAAAAUCACCGUGAAAUAACUCCUGCUCUUAAAAGCCAGGUAGAAAAUGUGAAAAAAAAUUUUUUUAAAGUGCCACUCCAGUAUGGCCUAUAUGCUCGACCCCCAUGUUGUCCUUGAUGCUCCCACCCUCUUUUACCUGGUCAAGAACAAGAGCGAAGGGAUGCUAAAAAGCGAAUUGUGUAGUGACUGACUUCGCAGUGCAACACUCUGGUGCCUGCAAACAGCCAUCUUGAGUUUUCUCACCUUCUUUGCCAAGGCAGCCUCACUGAGAUUGAAGGUAGUGAUUUUCGUGGUGUGAGCAGAGGAGGGGGCCCAGGUACCCUCACAAAUGUCGAUCACUCCCCUCGCAUCUUAAGGGAAGUGUUGUUUUCCUGCGUGUUCGGGAAGAUGAGAGGUAGGUCACAGAUAUGAAAAACACUACAGACUUGCUGUAUAGUAGGAAAGAAUGACAUUUAGUACUAAUAAAAGAGUUCAUGCUUCUAGCCGAAGUUUCGGGGGUAGAGGGGAACAGGAGAAUAUGAAUAUAGACUUCAAAUGAGAUACCAAAGAUACGUUGUGAUUCAUGUGCCUGCUCUGGUUCCUGCUUGUGUGUUUGUCUCCUUUUUCUAGGUGCCACGCUCGUUCAGACAAGCUAUCCAGGUUAUUCUACAGUAGUCCCAACAGUCUGCCCCUGUUGCCUGGGGGACCGACGGUUCUGGGCGAAAAGAUGCUUAAACUCUAACUCAGCGCUUUAGCAAUUGACAAGGCUAUCUGGUCACGUGGAAUUAAAGGGUAAACCCCAAGGACCCUUCUCGCUGUUGUCACUGUGCUACCUCAGUUAGAGUUUGCUGCCCUUUUUUAGCAAGAUGACGUGGAAAGAACGUAUUUGACUUAUUACCUGCAAUCCCAUCAGUGAACAGGGUAGCCGAAGGUGGACGAGUCCUCACAAUUGUUUCCCAACAAGAGAGAGAUGGCUCUGGUCAGUUCUCCUUGAGAGAGAAGCAGUUUUUGUAAAUCCUAGAUGUUACAGAGGAAGAGAUGUGGGGCCAUGUCACCUCCAUUAGAAAGCUUUAAAAAGACUUAACACAUGAGGGAUGGUUUCUAGGCUCCUUCUGGGAAGCGGGUUGCUGAAUUAGCAUCACAAAAAUUAAUCUUGGACCUUGUGUGGGGGAGGGGAGUAAAGAUUUCUUCAUUUUCGCUAAAUUUAGAAGGGCUGGGUGGUUUUAGGAGCCUUGGGGCCUGUCUUCAGAGCCCUAUAAAAUUUUUAACAUUUUGAUGUUGUUACGGGAAAGAAAUUUCAGGGUGUAGACAGCUCUCUUACAGCCACCAACCUCCUAGCUUCUCUGUCAGCUUCAAUAGUUCUUGAAUGAAUCAGUAGAUUUUAUAGCUGUUGGCCCUUUACAUGGGUCAGAUAGCUAUAUACUUGUUUAUCCUGGUGUCUCCCGUUUGUUCUCUCUGAAUACUGAGUGGAAUGGAAAGGAGCUUUAAAAGGGUUUGAUCAGCCAGUCCCCUCAACCAAAAAAAUGCCAUCUGAAAUUAGCCUGUCAGUCUCUACAUUUAGAGCUUAGACGACUUGAUGAUGCUAUUUAAAUUUGGAAGUUAGGCCCUUCAAGGUCAAUGAGUGUUAUAAGCCACAACUUACUAGCUACUCUUCCCAUAACUAGUUUACUAAAACACACUGAAACAGAAAUAAAUCCCCAGAGCGCUUACCCACUUAACGGUCGCAGCUGAUUGUUUUUUUGGGGAAAGUGGGGGGGCGUGCUCCCUCUCGGACUUGCAGCCCCGAGUCCUGCGGGGUGUAGGCAGCCCAGGCUCCAGGAGUGUGCAUCAUCGCCAUGUCAUCAGGCUCUUCGCACACCACACCUCUGUACUCUCUAGGGUUGCUCUGACAUCAUGGGAUAGGAAUGAAGUUAAUUCUCAAUGGCAGAAAAUUAAUUGAGAUUAAUUCUUCAAUGGCAGUGAUUUGCCGCUCUUCUGUGAGGGUUCUCCCAUCCAUGGCCUUCUCGUAUUUUCUAAGUUUGAAGAAGUCUAUGCAUUUUGGACUUGGAACAUGAAAUUCUUAACCUGUGACAGACCUCCCUGUAACACACACAUGGUAGAUAGUGAAGAAGUAAAUGCCCUAUAAACUAAAUGAACUAGUUCCCUCAUAAGUCCUUCAUGGCCUCAUGUACUCACAAGGACAGCACAAUUUCUUUGUCCAUCUUUUGAGGAUGUAUAUUAUCCUAAUUUCAUAGUAAUCUGAAAGUCACUUUCAUUUUUUAUUGUAGCCUCUUAUUCCCUGGGGUGUCGAGAACAGACCAUAUGCCAGGAACCAAAAUUCUACUCCCAACUAACCCCUUUCUAGCCAUGGAAACUUGGGCAAGUCACCUAACCUCGCCAGGGCCUCAGUUGCCCACUAUCCAUAAAGCAGAGAUUUUACCCAGCCUCUCUGAAAUGUGAGGGUUAAACAAGAUAAUGAUGGGAAAUUAGAAGUUCUGUUCCAAUCGAAAAGGCCUCUGACUCUAUUAUGAUUAAAUGUUGGACCUAAACUUCUAGAACCUUCACUAGCACUGGAAGAACCAGUGGUAACAAGAGAACUUCAAUUUGACCCAGUCUGAGUAUAGACAAGUGCCAGUAGGACUUGCACUUUCUUUUACGGUAACACCGAUUUUCUCUUAUGGAAAGCUUCGUAUCUGGAGCUCAGCCUCUUAAGCUUGGUCUAAAAUUGCAGGUGCCUGUUGCCAUAGCCAGUGGUUGCUUUUAGUUUGCAGAUUACUACUAAUAACAGCUACAUUAGUGAGUUUUUGGUAGAGACGGGAUUCCAGGAGAAGCCGCUUACCUGAAUCCCCCACGGACAAGGACCAAACUCCUGUGUCGUCCCCUCUCCGGGAGCCCCUGUGGGGAUGGAAAGGCCCACACUCCUGUGCUGCACACUCACAGACCGUGCCAAUCGCUGGCCAACUGUGACUUCUUUAAAAUCUGCUGCUGGGGAGAGGAGUUAGGGAAUACAUUUUCUUGAUUGUUUUUUAGCGGAGAUCUAAGAGAAUACACAGGAGAAAACCCGUAAGAAAUGUUUAUUAAAAUGAAAAGAAGCACAUAUGCUCAUUUUUACUUAGCUUUUGAACUUCUCAAAAUGCUCAGAAAGACUUACAUCUGUUAGAUUAACUGGAGCUGCAAAAACAAUCCAGUAGUUAAAGCCACCGCAUCCCAGUUGGUUUAGAAUAAUUUGGGCCCAAACUUCUAACACCUCUGCCUUAGUUCUUUGAUACACUGAUUGCUGUUUGCUGUGUCCCACCUUUACUGAACUCCCAGGGAGAGGGGGGUAGAUGGAAGACUGGCUAGAUUUGGUAGAAAACCAAAAGAAGAAUAGGAGGACUAUGAGGUAGAAAUGUCGGGGUCCCUGCCAGUGGCUCAGCAGUGUCCUUAGCUGACAAGAUUCUUCACCCUUGGACUGUUUGCUGAUCUUCUAGGAGGACCCGGGACUUCCCAUUCUUCUGAUAAACUAGAAACUGCUAUUUGCAAGCCUAUUUGACUGUAGACUCUGCCUGGAUUAAUGUUAUGAUACUUAUAAAGGAAUUUACAUUUUCUCCAUUAAAGAAAAUUGUUGUGAACGGGA